CGUAAAGAUGUAUUUUCUAACGUACUGGGAGAUUUUUGGCAUUGUUUUGGUUACACUGUAUUUUGUCCUCUCAUUGMUYUUUCCAAAGACUGGAAAYUCUGACAAGGAACAGAARRAGCCUCAUCAAGACACUUCAAUUGCUUCAAUUAGCAAAGAUCACGAAAGAGUGUCCGAAAAAUCAGCGUGUGUUAGUCAGAAGCAACGAUAUCAAGAUGAUAGCGGUAACGUUGUUUGUUCAUCUAAUGCUYAUCGUGAGGCACCAACUCAACAGGAAGUCAGUACAGAAGUUCAUAAAAGUGACUCUCUUACACCAGAACAUCAAGAGAAUACUUUUGCGARCGAAGAUAAUGUAUCUUCUGUUCCACAAGUGGCUUGUGCUUCAAUAAARGACGCGCCAAUUCAACCGUUGAAAUCUAAUCUUUGUGAAACUCCUUCACAUUCUAAGUUGUCUGAACUGUCUGAACUCGCAGACAACUCUGUGUCGACUUCAAAUCCACUUCUAGAAUCCAUUCAGGGCAUUACAAAUCGUAAUUUAUACGAAAACGUUGAUGCUGAAAUAAUGAAUUCAGCAGGGGAGAUAACUUCAAACUUACAAAAUAACAAUAAUUUGGAAAAAUUUGCAGAUGGUUUAGCAACCUCAGCUAUAGAAACAGCUGUUGAUGAUUCUGUUUGUUUAAAUAAUUUUGCAGAAAAUUUAUCUGAAAAAAUCUUCUGGUCYUCAGCAGAUGAUGUUAUUUCUGAAGUCCAUGCAAGCAUAGAAAAGCAAAAACAAGAGGGAACAUUAGAGCCAGUCAAGCUACAAUCACUGAGUAGUAAUGUUGCUAGUGAAGUAGUAAAUGAGGCUAUAGGGGAGGCAGCUUUGAGAGAAGAGUACAUGAUUGAUAAGGAAUCUGAGGAAGCUUCCCCUAAAAUACAACCACAUCUUGGAUAUGUUGUGGAAAAUGUUGUAAAUAAUGCAAUUUGUGAAGCUGCUUUGAGAUUAAAAGAAGAUGAAGAUAGAGAUGCCCCAUCAGAAGAGGAUGUUUUACAUAUAUGCGAAAGUGAAAGUUCUAGUACUUCAGCACUUCUUGAAGGAAGUGCUGAGACAGUAAGUAAUGAAGAUACUGUCCUUCAGCAAGAGCAGUUUCAAGAACUAAAAGACACCAGCAAUAGACAAAAUGAAGACCAAGAAAUCCAAUCAACAGCAGAUGAAAUAUCCAUUAAUAAAUCACAAGAAGUUAAAUUGGAGGGCAAUGGUCAUGUUAUUGAUACUUGCAUUGAAGAYGAAAAAAUUAGCAAACCAACUGAAAGCCUUAAUACUGUUGAAAACAAUGAUCCAUCUGCAUUUGAUGCUUCUAAACUUGAUAGUUCUGAAGACCAGCCUAAUAAUCCUGCUAUUGAAUUCCCAGUCCAAGAUGACGAGCUUAAAGUUGAGAGUCAUGAUCAUGAUACACAACAUAUUGACCAGGAAAAGAUAACACAUGAAGGUUACUCAAAUGAGGAACCAAUUACAUGUUUACCAUCACAAAUAAUUGUAGCCUCAGAAAAAGCUGAUAAUGAAGAAACAAAGAAUGAAAUAGAAUUAACUUAUGAAGAUGAAUCAGUCCAGGRAAUUGAGCAUGAUAAGUCAAGCAAUGUAGCAUCAGAUAGCACUAAUGAUGAUAAAAAAGAAGAAGAAAGUGGCAAAAUAUUAGAGGAAGCCAAACCUGCAUCAGUUKUUGAUGAAAUCAGAGUUGGAUCACAAUACCAAGAUGAUAAAGAAAAUGAUGUUCAAAUCUCUCCUGUGAUACAKAAAGAAAGUAUUGAUGAGUCAAAUAAAGAAGAUACAACAGAAAACAAAAUCUCUGCUGCAGUGCAAAUUACAAGUCAUGCUGAGCUGGAAGWAGAAAUAGAAAAUCAAUCUGUCCCAGAAAUAAAGUUAAGUCCAGACAAAGACAGAAGUCAGUCAUCCAGUGAAUCAGAGGAAAUUGCUGGUCCAGUUUGUUCACCAGAGCAGCUGAGCACAGUUACUUUGAGGGAAAAAACUGAUGAUAACAAAGGUGGAUUCUGGAGAAGAAGCCUGAUUUUAGAUCUAGAAGAAGAUUUUGAACCUGAAGAAAGCUUUUCAAGUCCUUCUUCCCCAGGUAGUCCACAAUCCAUACAACAGAGGUUUUUAAGUGAAGGAUCAGAAGAAUUGAGUGAUUCAGAGGAGGAUGAAAUAAUAGAUUAUGAUGAAGAUGCCAAACAUGGUGCAGUGGGUGGUUCCCAUGCUCCUAAACAAAAUGUUACAGAAGAGCAAUUUGAUUUUUAUGACUAUGGAAGUGAUGAUGAUGAUGAUGAUGAUGAUGAUGAUGCAUUUGAUCCAGUUUUAUCAGUUGAUGGUCUGUGCAUCAGCAAACAAACAGACAAGGGUUCAAAGAGAGUAAAGAAUCUUAAGUCAGUUGGAUCUCACUAUAAUCGUGCUAUAGUCAUUGAUAAUGGUUGUGGAUACAUCAAGCUGGGAUAUGCUGGAGACAGAGUACCAAGAGUGGACCAACAAGCAGUAUCUGGUAUACCAUCACGAUACUCUAUGCAGAUCACAGGCCUUGGAGACAAACUCAGAGACUUUAAGAAGUUUGGUUCAGAUGCAGUAUCCAAAGCUGGAGUGAUGCAUUUAAGUCACCCUAUGAAGGCUGGUAUGAUUGACAACUGGACGGAUGUAGAGGACAUCUGGGAACACAUGAUUUUCAAUGAGCUGGGGGCAGAAGUAGGAGAAAAUCCCAUAAUUAUGACAGAGAUUUCACAAAAUAACAAGAAAAAUAGAGAAAAACUUACUGAGAUUUUAUUUGAGCGUUUAAAUGUUCCUGCUAUGUAUCUAGCAGAUCAGCUGCCUCUAUCWAUCUAUGCCUCAGGGCUCACAUCUGGUGUUUGCCUGUCAUCUGGAUAUUCUUGUUCACAAGCAGCUGUUGUAUAUGAAGGACAUACAUUGUCCUAUACUGUUCAACAUCUGGACAUUGGAGGAGGGCACUUGACUGAAAAUUUAAAAAUUCUUCUAAGGGAUAACAGAGGGCAUAAUUUCACAACAUCAUCUGGUUGGCAGAUUGUGAAUGACAUUAAAGAGACCACUUCAUUUGUAUCAAAAGAUUAUAACAAUGAAGUCCAAAAAUACAAAUCAAACGAUGGUUUAACUAAGUAUUAUACUCUACCGGAUGGUCAAGUCAUAGAUAUUGGUUAUGAAUGCAUGUCAUCAGUUGAACCCUUAUUCCAACCUAAUGAACUGAUGUCAGCUGAUGCAACAACAGCAUCACAAUCCCCUGUCCACCAGAUGGUUAAUAAUGCAAUUAAAAGGUGUGACAAAGAUCUGCAACAAAUGUGCCACAAUCACAUCAUUCUCUCAGGAGGAACAACUUUAUUGAAUGGAUUCACAGCACGCUUACAACACGAGCUUCAUCAAAUCAAUCAUAGAAUACGAAAAAUUCGUACACCAGACCACCGGCGUUAUUCUCCUUGGAUUGGUGGAUCAAUUUUGGGUAGUCUGUCUGUCUUUGAUGAGCAGUAUGUCACCAUGGAUGAAUAUGGCGAUUCAGGACCACGUAUAGUYCAUAAGAAAUGUUUUUAGAGACGGAUAACAAGAGUUUUUGUUACUAAAAGGGAGAGGGAGAAUCUUUCAAGAAUAGUAAAAAAUCAUACUACAAUUCGAAAAUCAUUGCACUAAGUUUUGUAAGGAUGCAGUGAAWAGCYUGCUAUGUCGAUAGCUGCCUUUUUCCUUUUGGGCUGAGGAAUUCCACGUUUAUCAUUCGAUUAUUAUCAUUUAACUGAUGCACUAAUUGCACUGUUAGUAAUUUCUUAGAAGCAAAAACAAUGACGGCAGUCUACGUAACGUCAGAUAAAUAGCCGACUUGCGAAUUACGCAUCAAUAGUCACAUACAAAGGAAUCAAGACGAGGCGCCGUG